AUUUUUUUAUGGAAGAUUUUUCAGGACUCUUAUACUUAUACGAACAUUGAUGUUGUCAGUGACAUAGUUCUAGUCUUGCGUAACUGCGCCCUUCGCUACUUAUCUGCUCCAAUAUUGGUACUCUCUGAACUCUGGGAGCUUGGUGGUUCUCCAUUCAGAGAGACAGAGAGUGAGGAGAAUAGCAUCCACAGACCAUGGGCAGGCCGCAGAAAUACCGAGGAGUGCGACAACGGCACUGGGGAUCAUGGGUCUCCGAGAUCCGCCACCCUCAAUUGAAGACCAGGGUGUGGUUGGGUACAUUCGAGACUGCUGAAGAUGCUGCGCACGCAUAUGACGAAGCGGCAAGGCUGAUGUGCGGGGCGAAAGCGCGCACCAAUUUCCCCUACGACCCGCACGCGUCCAAGGGACCCAAGUCGCAACUGCUGUCCGCUACUCUCACGGCCAAGCUCCAGCGCUGGUAUUUGCAGUCGCUGCAACCCGACGCUCAGCAGGGAAAAAAGUCUUCCUCUCGAAUGUCUCAGUCGUCGCUUCCGUGUCUUUGCCAACUCAAGCAUGCGGAGCAAUCCAAUCUAGGAUCAUGCCAGAACCAGAUUUCGAGUUCGCAGCCACUAGAAUCCAACCUGGUGAGAAUUGAGCACUUCGAUGACAAUGCCGACUCGUUUCAAGCUCAGCCACAACCAGCGAGCUCCAGCGAUAGCUGCAUCUCGGAAGAAGACAAGUUCGCAGCUGAAAUGAUCGAAGAGCUUCUCAGCUGGCAAACCUCCAGCCAAUUCUACGGUUCCUUCAACUCACCGACGAUGUCUGAUUCCGGUUCCAGCAGCCCCUGCUCUGUCCUUACAGCUUCGGGAUACUAAUCCCACGGUCGUGGUUUUUACUUUUUGGUUUUCUUUUCUUUUGCACUUGCGCCAAGACUAAAAGGUUCGAAAUGCAACAAUGUUGAGCUGGAGAGGAAUGGCGCUUACACAGGGCGACUUUAUCAGUCCUCGGUCGAUCCUCCAUGCGAAACGAACCGUGCUGCCUCUGCAACCUGCCCACCUUUUUGGAGAUUUUCAAUAGUGAUUGUUCAAUUACGACACCAAGAUGAGAGAGAGAGAGAGAGAGAGAGUAUCACAACCCAGAUCGCAGUGUAGCUAGUUAGUAGCGAGUGAGGGGUGGGAUGGGUUUGGGAGUCUAGAAUACCGUAAUCGACACACGGACACACACAUGGACAGACACAAAUACACAGGGAGUCCUCUCGCCGGAAGCUCAAUAGCUAGCUUCUGCGUAGACGAGACUCGGACGUGAUGCUGCAAUGUACACACCUACACACACAGAUGUGCGGCAUCGUAUCCUAAUGAAGAAAUACUGACACACUUUCACAUACACA